AUGUCCGACACUCCCCAACCUGCAGACUACCUUGUAAACCUCGCCAUCGCCCUCAUCGACUCGGGGCUGGACAUUCUCAACCAGGACAACUUGUCCGACGACCAACUCAAGUACAACAGCGCCUUGAUUCCCGGAGCAAGUCUUGGCAGGCAUUUCAGACACGUUUCCGAGACGUACGAGGCCUUCAACCAGAGCCUGCGGAGCGACCCAUAUGAUGCCCUCCACAUCAACUACGACGCUAUUAUGCCUCCAUCGAGGAAAAGCAUCGCACGUUCGGUCGAGGCUUGCAGAGAAGCCAUGACCAAGGUCCGUGAGGGUCUCGUUGCACUCCACGACUGCGAAGAUCUCGAGGCCGAAUUGGAGCGCGAGGUCGAGGUUGUCGCGCUCUCGCCUCAGCGUCAAGAGUUGAAAUCGACGCUUGGCCGGGAGCUCUGGUUUUGCUCUCUACACGCCAUCCACCACUAUACCAUGAUUCGUGUGAUUGCGUGUCACGAGCUGCUGCCCGUCGAGUUCGGCACGGCUCCAUCGACCAUUCUCUACAGGGGCAAGGACUGGAAGCCCCCAGUGGUUGCCCCGUUUACGCUCAAAGCCAAGAUGUAA